AGCAGUCACAAGAGUGACAUAUUUACCGUGGUAGCGUUGUGGGUGGUUGUUGAGGAUUUGUGAAACUUGCAUUGUUUACGUCAGGGAUUUGGUAAACAAUAAUUGACGAGCUAGUCACAGUUUUAAUUUCCUAGCCGAGAAGUCACGAUUUGAAGCCUAAAAGUUGUCUACUAUUGUACAGUCAAUUCGAUAGAAGUCAGCUAAUUUGAAAAAAUGAGGCGAAGAGCUGGACUCGGCGCAAUUCAACAGCAGCAGUUAGAGACCCAAAAAUAUAAGGACAAAGGGAGUCUCAUAGAAGAUUCCCAAUUUGUUCAAAUGACGAAACACAUGGAAAUAUUCAGGGAGAAACUUGAGGAGUUUGCAGUUAAACACAAACAAGAUAUCAGGAAGAACGCCCAAUUUCGACGACAGUUUCAGGAGAUGUGCGCUGCUAUUGGAGUGGAUCCACUUGCUUCUGGGAAAGGAUUCUGGAGUGUUCUUGGUAUGGGCGAUUUCUACUAUGAAUUAGGCGUCCAGGUUGUCGAAGUUUGUUUGGCUUCCAACCCUAGUACAGGAGGUAUUAUGGAAUUGAGUGAAUUAAGGCGAAAGCUUAUUGCAGCAAGAGGACAAAAGUCUAUACAUCAAGAAAUUACCGAGGAUGAUAUUUUGAUAGCAGCUAAGAAAUUGAAAAUAUUUGGAAAUGGGUUCGUAGUCUAUCCUGUUGGCAAAGGAAAAUAUAUGGUGCAAUCUAUCCCAGGGGAGUUGAGUCGAGAGGAAUCAUCAAUUCUUGGAGUGGCAUCAAACCAAGAACAGGGCUCUGUUACAGUAGAUUUGCUAAUGAAACAAUUGGGAUGGACGGAAUUCCGGACUCAGCAAGCUAUCGAUAAAAUUGUUGGUGAGGGCUUAGCUUGGGUCGAUUGCCCAGACUCGAAUAGUGCGCCCACGUACUGGUUUCCUAGUUUAUUCCCAGGUCGUAAAGAUACAUAAAAAUAUUUACUGCGGCUCAUGCUAAUAAUAAAACAAAAUCGCAUUCGUUUAAAAA